AUGAGAAAGUGUACAGUGAUCUUCGGCGCUCUCCUGGCGACCAUCUUCCUGGCCAGCCUUCCCUUGGGCCAGGCUGUAACCUGUGCGGAUGAUCCCGCCGACGCGGCCUGUAUCGACUGCACGGAUAUUGCGAAUGCAUUAAAUGCCGAAUGUGUCGCCACCACAGCGGCUCCUGCAGCCGAAGAAACCACAGCUGCUGCUGGUGCCGAGGAAACCACUGCUGCCUCUGGAACCGGAGACACCACAGCUGCCACCGGAACGGAUACUACUACGGCCUCAUCCGGAUCGAAAGGUGGAAAGCGGAAGAGGAAGUUCAAGAACAUCCGUAAGAGGCCCAGGGUGAUCACCAAGAGAAGGCGCAACAGGAACAGGAACAACAGGACGAGAACAAAUAACUCUGGCUAA